UCGAAUUCGGGUCCUUGUGCUUGCAAGGCAGGCGGUAGAACCACUGAGUGAAAUCCCCAGCCUAGCCACUUACUAUUUGUGACAAAUCUAUAUUCCAAUUUGAUAUUGCCACCUCUACAUUCUUAGAAUCUAAAGGGACACGUGGUGCCAUAGAGUGCGAGUCAUAAUCCGACAGUUCACAGAAAGAAAAGGAAAGGACCUGCUCCAGCCUCAGGCAGGGCUUGCACCACGGCCUGGGCCAUGCCCUGCUCGCUCCGCCCCCCUCCUGCUGGGCCCCUGUCUGCAGCACAGGCAGAAGGUUGCGGCUCGCGAUUAAAUCCCCAAGAACUGGAGCAGCUGAGAGGAUGGCCCAGGCUGAAACGCCCCACGCAGCCCCUGGGAGAGGGGUCCACCGUCAUCCUUGCAACACUUGCGGCUGUCUUGUUUGGGGUCAUUUUCUAUACAGUCGGUCACAGUUAAAUGAAGACGAUGGCCGUUUGCGCCCAGCCCCAGGACUGUGCGUGCUGCACACUGGCUCCGCCUCUGGAACCGCCCGCCCUUGGUGUGUUCUUUUCCCAGCACCCUUCAGAACGCAGGCGCUAACCGUCGGCCGGUCCUGUGGGGCUCCCUCUCACGGUCUGCUUCUCCCUGGCCACGCUUUCCUUCCCCUCCCCGUCCCCAUGUCCGUGCCCAGGCCUCUCCUGCCUCUCCCUCCCCAAGCGUGUGGGGAGCACCCAGUGCUGGGUGCCAGCUCGUUUCCUCCAGCAGCGCUGCUGCACCUCGUUCGCGGGAUGGAGGCAGCCGGAAACUUUCAUUUCAUUAUUGAAGAGCUCACAGGAAUUAAAGGAACACUUUUGGGAGGCUGCCAGGGUGCCCAGUUUGGCACUGCUCCUCAGAGGGUGUUGGAGGAAAGGGAUCACUGUGACCAAGGGUUUGUCUCAGACCUGCUUCUGCACUGGUGCGUUAGGAAGACCACAGAAUGAAAUUCCACCAAGAAAUUCAAGUGAGGCAGUCUGCGAGGCUGAGGCAUGAGGACUGAAAGGCCAGGUCUAGCCUGAGCAACUCUUACUGAGCCCUUGCCUCAAAAUCAAAGCUUGAAAUUGCAGAAGGACUGGGACAUAGCUCAACGUGAAGGCCCUGUGUUCAAUCCCUGGUCCCCGCACCCAAGCGCAGUCCCCAGCGCUGGCUUCCCAUGGAAUGCAUCUUCUGGGAAGUGAGGCAGAACUCCCGAAGCUCCCAAGGAGGUGUGGCUCCUCUCAGCUUCCCUCUCCAUCCAGCCGCAGACACAGGGACAGAGGACACC